AUUUAACGUUUCAUGUCGUGUUUACACAUAUAGUACCGGUUAAUAACUUGAACUAAUAUUUAGCUGAAAUGCAUUUUGACAAAGUGGAUAUUUAAUAGGAUUUAGUGUGAACUUACAGUUAACACAGUCGAUAGCUUGUUUUGUGAAUGGAAUAGUAAUCCACUUUGAAUGAUGAAUAAAAGGUUAAUUUUACCUAUAACCAUACUGAUAUCCCUACUAUCAGGUUAUUCAAGCAUCACUGCGGAUUUCACCAAUCAUAAUGACACCAGUGAAGAAGAAAUUCACCAGUCGGUCAAACCUUCGAAGGAAGAGGAACAGAAAGACAAAACAUACGAACCAGUGUUCAGUCCAACAGAUUCACACAAUUCCCCAGCUAGUGAACAAACUUUUCUGGAGCGACAAGAUGCAAGUCAGGCUGAAAAUCAACAAGAAGAUUUGAACAACAACGAAGAAGUGAUCGAAGCUUUAUAUAUAAUAUCUAACAAUCUUCAAGACGAAAAUGAACUCGAUGUCACAAACAACAGUGAUUCUCCGAUGCUUCCUAAUCCAUUUGGGAAUAUAAAUUCGUCUUCAUACACCAGUGAAAACUAUUUGCAGUCACCGUUAUCGGUCCCUGAUGAAUACACAUCUACAGGUUAUUUUGCUGAAACGACAGAAAUAUUAGGUCUGGAUUUGAAUGAAAUUAGUGUUCGGAAUAAAACAUCUGACUUAUCAAAAACUGACCUUCAGGCAACAGAAGAGGUUUUACAGAAUAAAAGUUAUGCCAUUGAAAAUAUUCUUAGAACGCCUGAUGAAGUUGUUCGACAGCAAAACGAAACAUCUGUAAGACCAGAAAAUGACUCACGGGAGUUUGAUAAUACGACUGCAAGUGUUCUGUUUAGUGCAGAAGAAUUGGUAUCAAAUGUGUCUGAAGAAGCAACUCCAGUUACUGAAAUACCAGCUGAAACCGCAUCCCCUGAGUCAGUAAUCUUAGGCAAAACAUUUGGCAAGAAGACAGUAGUGAACGCACAGGAUACGUCGUCGACACUUCAGGUUGCGAGUCCAUCAACUAGUGGAAAGUCAACUGGAAGUCAUAAUGAAAGAAACAUGAAACUAGAGAAAUGUUAUCAGUAUCCAAAAAUCAAAACAUGUAGCCAAGUAACAGAUGCUCAUAUGAAACAUCAUGGUGGUUGGUAUUACAACCCAACAGAAAUGCAAUGUCAGUAUACAUCCGAUUGCAUUAUAAAUGAUAAUGUUUUCGAAAAGAAGGAAAAAUGUUCUGAAACGUGUGAAUACUGGAGAGGUACUGCACGUUGUUUGGGGCCACCUCGGGCUGGUCACUUUCGCUGUUCCACUCUUAAUCCAGGAAGAACAGUAAGACCAAUUCUAAUGGUUUAUUUUGACAAAGUCUCUGGUAAAUGUCGAUGGUUCACAUACUAUGGAUGUGGUGGCAGUGCGAACCGAUUUACGUCGAUUACAGAGUGUGAGAACACUUGCGGAAAUUUAGUUGCAUACAAAAUUCUACUUGUGGCAAACCAACUAUGUCAAGUGGCUCCAACGACACGAUUAUUUCCACAGUGGUCCAGAAUUGAAACAGAUACAUGGAGUUUAAUCAAUCAAGAUGAUCAGUUUUUUUCUAAAGAAAUAUCUGAGUCAAUCCUUUUCGAUAAUCUCACGUAUAUUGAUGCUAUGCGUAUUGAACCAGAAUGCCCCAAUAUUGGUCAACAUGAAUCACGCUGGUAUCUAGAUGUUGAGACAAACCAGUGUCAGGAAUUCGCUUAUUCACAUUGUGGUGGAUCUUCGAACAACUUUUUAACAAGAGCUGAUUGUGAACAAUUCUGUGGAGCUACAAAACCUGAUGCAAUGACCACUUGUAAGCUGAUACCUUUACCUGGAGAAUGUACAGAAUACAAGAGUAUGUGGUAUUAUGAUCCUAAUUGGCUGACAAAUGUGGAUGGACAGGACCAUCAGUUAAUUGGCGGCUGCCGACAAUUCAAUUAUUCCGGUUGUGGUGGAAAUAGUAACCGAUUUCCAACUCAAGCUGCAUGUGAAAUGACCUGUCAAUUUAAUACAAAAAUUGAACUGCAAAUAGAUGUUGAUUCCCCAGAGGAAACAACCAAUGUAACAAUGCAGAAUAAUCCUUUUCAAGAUGUAGUUGGUGAUCCUUCAACAAUAUACACAAUGGAAUCAAAUAGAACUACAAUUAGUACUUUGACAAGAAAGAUGACUAAGCUAACUUUGAUGAAUAUUGAUCUUGAACCUUGUCGACGACAUCCUGUUUUUGGUUUCUGUCGAUCCUUAAAUUGCUCUGAAGAACAUAAACGUAAUCAGUCCUGUCACUUUUUAAAUUUUCAAAGAUGGUUCUUUAAUGCUCAUACUAGUAAUUGUGAAGCCUAUAACUACAGUGGAUGUGGAGCCUCUGAAAAUUCAUUUGAUGAUGCCCAAGCUUGUCAAGCAGCAUGUAAAGCGAGAAUUGUCAGACCGGAUAGAGAUCAACGUUGUGACUCAAAUCCACAUUCCAAGAAAUGUUACACGCUUUCCGUUAGUGGUAAUCAACAAGAGACGUCCAAUGGAAACGAUGUGAUUGCAUUCCACUUUAGUAUGGCCAGUGCAACAUGUAAAGCCUUUCAUUUAAAUACAAAACGACCUGGUUGUAGUAUGGAACAAUAUUUUCCUAAUGGUUACGAUUGCUUACGAGCUUGUGUAAAAUCGUCACCAACUGAAAAACAUUUACAAAAUCGUUGUUUCGCUCGGAAGACUCAUGUCUCGUGGAACUGUACCCAGCAUAGUGCUAAAACUUAUCGAUGGUCGUAUCUACCUGAAAUUAAUCAGUGUGUACGUUUCUCAGAGUGCACACAUCCAGAUCAGCAAAUAGAACAACCCGGGAAUAAUUUCGCCUCCAGAAGUGAAUGUGAAACUAUAUGUAUGGCGUCAAGUUUUGAAGAAGUAUGUCAGCUUCCAAAGGAUCCUGGACCAUGUGGAAGUUUUCAAACUCGUUAUUUCUAUGACAGCAGUGCAUCAAAAUGUCGAGUAUUUUUAUAUGGAGGUUGUCUGGGCAACUUUAAUCGAUUUUUAUCGCGAAAAGAAUGUGAACUAGCUUGCUCUCAAUUUUCAACACACCUUCUAAGUAUAUCUAAUAGCACGAAAUCUUUGGAAAGUUCUUUGAAAGAAACAUUAUUAAUUUAUGAUGAACCCCCAUUGUUAAGUGCUCAGGUAUUUGAGAAAAUGAAGCAAGUUACUCGACAUCACACGGAUCGUUAUCCUUGGGACAUUUGUUUGGAUAGUCACAGUUAUGGAACUUGUUCAUUAUCUGGCGGUCAGUAUCAAACAACCAGCGAAUAUCCAUAUGUACCAUUGACUCGUUACUACUAUGAUCGUCGGUUAGGUCAGUGUCAACCUUACACUUACACAGGUUGUGGAGCUCGUGGAAAUCAUUUUGACACACUAGGAAGCUGUCAAAGGAUAUGUGAAAAUCGACUGAGAAAUCCAAAAUUUGCUCGCUGUCACUUUGACAAACCAGUUAAACAAUGUCCUGGAAGUGGAAUUCAAGCUUGGGCUUACAACCAUUCCAUUGGCGACUGUUACUUUUUUGAAAUGUGUGAACCUGAUGACAAGCCAAGUGAAUUAACAGUAUCUGAGAAAAGAUUUUCAUUCCGCUUGAGAAGAACAAGUCAAUGGCUUGGAGUUUGGCAAGCAAGAACUGGAAGUUUACCUGAAGGAGUCUAUGCCACACGUAGUGCAUGUCAGUAUCACUGCUUACCAAAGCCACCUAAAGGAACAGAUACUCAAAACGUGUGUCAUAUGAAUCCUAUUGUAACUGUUCCAUAUGGUUGCAACGCAAUGGUUACUCGAUGGUAUUUUGAACCAAGAGAGACUCAAUGCAGAAGCUAUAUAACUUGUCCACAGUAUGGAAAUAACUUUCCCAGUCACAAAGCUUGUCAAGAUAUUUGCACACCCGGACAUCCAAUAGAUGUUUGUCGUCUUCCACAUGACCACGGUGGUUGUUCCAACUUUGAAAAAAGAUGGUAUUACGACUUGGAUAAACGUAUGUGUAUGCCUUUUACAUACGGUGGAUGUUUUGGCAACUCCAAUCGUUUUUUGACUAAAGCUGAGUGUGAAGGAUUUUGUAUGGGUAAAGAUAUUUGCAGGCUACCUUUACAGAAAAAUUCUACGGACCCAAGUUAUCCGGAGAGAUUCUAUUACGAUAAAUCGAAGAAACAAUGUCUUCCAUUCCGUUUUACUGGAUUAUUGGCGCAUGGAAAUAACUUCCCAACAUUAGCUGCUUGUAAUUCAGCAUGUAUUUCUGUGCCAGACAUAGAAGUGAUUGCAGAAAGAAAUGUACCUAGUUAUAAUUUAACUUUUAGUCGAACAUCUGAAGAAAAACUUGGAGCAUUGGUCAAAGCAUCCUCAUCAACAGACCCUUUAUCAAUACAUAAAUUAUCAGAAAGCGAAGGUACUGUUAAUGACAUUCUGCGAAAAACAUCUGAUUCUGAUAACUUCGCGGAGAAAUUUCCAUGUCUACCAUUUCUAACAGGUAGUCAGUAUGAUGAGAUGGUUAAACAGACAUUUUGUAACCCAGAAGAUAUCAUUCACGAACUGGGUUACAGAUUUCAAGUAAGAACUAGUGUACAUUUAACCGAUGAAAAAUAUGAUGGAAUUUGUGUUCCAGUUUUGGUGCCCAUUUGUUUGAAUGAACCAAAAAGUACUUUUGGUCAGUUCACCUUUUACGAAAGUCAGAUGAUUGGACGAGUUUUUAAAACAGAAGCAGAAUGUGAGGCUACCUGCCUACUUCGGAAUAGGUUCAGAAGAAAUAUUAUGAAGACAGAAUCACAUCAAUUACCAGAUAAUGUACUCCUGCUAUUGGUUGACAUUUUGAAGAGGAAGAAUACGUUUACAGCUAAUCUAUCAGUUGGCUAUGAACUGAAGACAGAUAAAUCACAUGAAGAGGUGUUUCAAGCUUUCACAGUUCCAUUAAACCAACCCAAUAUCAGAAGACCUCUUCUUCUGGAAGUAAUAGAGAAUGAACAAGUAAAUCUCCCCUGCUGGGUAAUAUCGCCAAAGAAACCGACAGUCCAGUGGAUACAUCUGUUAUCAAGAAAAAGAUAUCCAGUUGAAGUUGAUCGCCAUCCAUUGACUAGAAAUAUUUGGAUAUCUCAUUUAUUGCUUCAAAUUGUUAAGACCCAAGUACAUACAGGUGGAUGGAUUUGUGAAGCUUUUCACCCAGAGUUUAAAGUACUUGCAAAGUCUUCAAUUAUUUUGAAUGUAAUUUCUAUGGGAGAAAGUGAUACAUUAACUAGAAAAUCUCAGGAUCCCGUACUUCUUCAUAAAACACUUAUUGUUCCACAAGAUGGAUUGGUUCUACUUUAUUGUCCAAUAAGCCAAUAUUCAAAACCGAUCAUAUGGAAAAGAGCCGAUUUGCCAGGUGGUAUUCUACAUUUCAAUGAGCUCAUUUCUAAAGCUUCUUCAGAAUAUUUAGUGAUUGAACGCGCGAAUGUUGAACUCCAUUCAGGAAUAUGGAUCUGUGGAGUUCAGUACAAUAACAACUUCACUAGUAUGCAUGAAUUCAAUGUCUCUAUUGGUUAUCCUCCAGAAUUUCAAAAUAAAGGAUUUAAUUUACCUGGUUUACUUGCUCAGCACUUAAUUUCUUGUCCAAUAUUUAAAGAAGGCUUACCUAAAGGACAAGUUAAAUGGUUCCAAUGUAAGCAUAUGAGUGACUGCCAUCCUGUGAAACCUCAUUCAGUAAAGUUGGCUUAUUUGCCUUCGGAAAAUAUUACAAAAACUGUUCUUUGCUGCAUUGAAAACAUGUGGGGAAGGGAUGAAAAAUACUUUAAAGUUAAUUUAUGAAUACUAAUAUUCAUUUGUAGUAUAUAUAUGUAAUAUUUUGUCGUUUAAGAAAUUAUUCAUAUCUUAAACUUUAAUUUAUCUUUCCCAUAUCAUAUAUCAUGUUUAAAUAAAUUCAGUCAUACGCUUUCAG